AUGACACGCUGCUUCAAAAAGGUUACCAGACUAGACUACCUUCCAAUACUACUAGUCUCAUCUCGUCCUUCACUUCCAGUUUACCAAUCCCUUUUCCGUCCUCGAAAGCUCGACUCAGGACCUUUCACCCGGUUGGGCACCACAAUGGCCGAGAACUAUCGCAUCGAGUACAACUGGAUCAAGGGUGUGGAGACACUCGAAGGUUACCAGCCUGGGGGACCAUCCCAUCAUGAUUGGUGA